UUUUUUACCAGGAACUAGUUGUCACGAGAUCAUCUUUUUCUCAACUCAUAAGGUUUUAGAACCUUAUCUAUCCUAUACGAGAUUGAAACUCGAGCCAGGGACUUUGGAAAGGAAAAGGAGCGAGGGGUGGGGGAAUUGUUAUUAUCCACUAGGGUGCUCGUGGCAGUAACAGGUCGGGACUUGGAUCCAGGACCCACGUACACAGUGAUUGCACCAGGUGGCAUAUAUCUGUCUGCCUGUCAACAAAGUAAAAGGACCGAGAAAACAGAAACAGAAACAUAAGGCUGUAAGGUGACAGGUCGGCGGCGACAAAUAGGAAGAAACAGCGGACACUCUCUCUGGGUCAUCAAAACCAUAGGAGAGUUGCUUAUUUUUUAUGAUUUUCGUUUUCUUUUCUUUCUUUUAACUCGACCCGAAAAGUCAUUGGCUUAUUUUAGUAUAAAUUGGUAAGAGAGGAGGACGGUUUCGUUUCUCUCUACAACUAAAUAAAAACUACUACAAACAAAGCGCAAUCUUCACGUGUCUUUCUUCUUCUUCUUUUUUUCUUAUCUCUUUCUGUUGCGUACUGUUUUGUUCUCCUCCUUCCUUCCUUGUUUUCCUUUCCUUUUUUUUUCUUUCUUUCCUUCUAUAGUUCUCUUCUUUAUCUUUCCGUUUUGUUUCUUUCUUUUCUCUCUUGACGGUGCUUCUUUCAAUCUACAUAACUAUAUAAACGUAUCUCACUUGGGGACUAAGCAAAGAUUAAUAUAAAGAUUGAUAAGACACAAAGGAUAAGUCUUUUGCUGAGAGAAUGGAAGGAAGCAAAGCAGUGGGGUCGUCUUCUUCUUCUUUUACUUCAGAGCUCUUUGGUUCGAAAGAGUCACCUUCAUCUUCCACAGGGAUUUUCAGGUCUAUAUUUGCUCCUCCAUCGAAGGUGUUAGGAAGGGAGUCUCUGCGUCCUGAUUUGAUGGCUAAAAGGCAGGAUUCUCCGAAUGAGGCCGGGAACACAAAGCCUGGAGCCCCAGUCUUGGCAGGUAAUUUUUCUAAAGAACUUGAAGCUGAAAAUCAGAGCAUGGCAAAUAGAGACAUGAGUUCCAUUUAUCAGGAGCAAAGAGUACAACCAUGUCAUCUAUGUUCAUCAAUCUACUAUGGUGGCCAAGAUGUAUACUCACAUCCCCAGAGUAACCAGGGCUCUGGAUUAAACUCUGUGUCCAAGAAGGAUGGUGGUGAAGAUGAUUCAGGGAGUGCAUCAAGAGGAAACUGGUGGCAAGGGUCUCUCUAUUACUAAAAGUUCACUUGCUAAUCAGCAUACUUAUUAAGGUACAUAGGAAGAUACAUAGCAGUUUAAUCUAUCUCUUGUUAUGUGGGAGGUAGUUAUAGUAGUCAGACGCUGCAGACAGCUGGCCGUUAUUUGUUUCUCCAGCCAAGCAAAUAUAGUUAUGUGGUCUCCCUUCUUCACUGUAAAAGGAUGUGAUGAGACUUGCUCUUUUUUUCUGUAAAGGAUAUCUGCUUAAGUGACUUUGAUAUAUUAUGAUGAAUUACAAACUUCUGCUAGACUAUCUGUUAUUGAUGGCUGAACUGUGCUUUAUGUCAUCAUUUUGCCUAUAACAAGAGGAUUGAAUUUGAUUAUUAUGA